CGGAAAGUAAAGGCCAAUAAUAUAGAAUACAAUGCUCAGUUUAAAUACCAUAAUAAUUACAUCUCGACAUCCAAGUACAACUUCUUAACAUUCCUGCCACUCAACUUGUUUGAGCAGUUCACCAGAUUGGCCAACGUUUACUUCCUCUUCUUAUUAAUAUUACAAUUGAUACCUCAAAUUUCAUCGCUGAACUGGAUGACUACCGUUAUACCCCUGGUAUUUGUAUUAUUAAUAAGUGCUUUAAAAGACUCCGUAGAUGACAUACAAAGGCAUAGAAGCGACAGUAUGGUGAACAACAGACUUUCGUGGGUCCUAAGAGGUGGCCAGCUGGUCGAAGCAAAGUGGCAGACGGUCGUCGUCGGUGACAUCAUCAAGAUGGAGAACGACCAGUUUGUUGCGGCUGAUCUUUUGCUGUUAUCAGCCAGUGAGCCAAACAGCUUAUGUUACAUUGAAACUGCAGAGCUGGACGGUGAGACGAACUUGAAAGUCAAGCAGGCUCUGGUUGAAACGGCUGAGAUGGAGGACAAUAUUUCACUACUGUCACAAUUCGAUGGCCUUGUGACCUGCGAGCCGCCAAAUAAUAUUCUGAGUAGGUUUGAAGGGAGACUUGAGUAUAACGGCCAGGUAUACUCCCUGGACAACGACAAGAUCCUUCUACGUGGAUGCGUCCUCCGUAACACGGAAUGGUGCUUCGGUAUGGUUAUAUUUGCCGGGCGGGAUACAAAACUCAUGAUGAACAGUGGGAAGACAAAAUUCAAACGAACUCACAUCGACAGACUCAUGAAUGUCCUAAUUAUAGGAGUGAGUGUUCUUUUGUAUUUUAUGUUUCAAUGUUCUUUGACAAAACUAAAAAAUGAAUUUGUGAAUGAGAUGUUGUUGGAGAAAUGUUACGAUGAUACUUUGCCAAAUGAAAUUCGACUCAAUCACUUACAUUUGAUAGUUUUUAUUAUUACUUAA